AGACUUAUGUUGAAGGAACUGAUGAGUGACACUGAAUCUUGGAUAGAAGAAGGUAGUAAAACCCAUAUAUUACACUCAUCCUUAGUGGAAAGGUUUUCCAUUACCAUGUUAUCUUUGUUCUGCCUUUGGGAUAUAUAAGGAAUUAGUAUCUUGCAGCUGUAGCAGAAAAUAAAUCUGUUUUACAGCAUCAGGCCAGAUCUGGCAUAGGUGAGGCUGCUGCAGCUCCCUGCCCCAGGUCUGACCCGUGGCAGAGCUGAACCUGUGUUCCCAGUAGGGAAAAAGGUUUUCUUGCCCAGAAAGAGUUAGAAAUGGAAUUUCCCAAGAAGAUAGGAUAAACUGCAUAUCAGACAGUACAAGUGUAUGGACAAUCCACUGUUUACAUGCAAGCAUCUAUUUUUAAUCCCCUUAUCCCUCUAUUUUCUCACACUUGUUACUCCAUGAGUCAGCUAGGUCCUUCAUCCUUCCCUUUCUUUGCCUUUGGUUCCUCCCCUAAACAACCUAUAGUAAGUCUUGUGCAAUCUCAAAACACUUCCCCUGCAUCCCAUACCUGAUGCACUGACCACCUCCCUCCCAAAGAUGCUCCAGUGCUGGCUCCCCAGGGUGGGUGUCACCCCUGACUGGUGGGGCUGAGGCUCUUCUGGGACAGCCACCCCUUCUUCCAUGUCUGUCAUUUGUGUUGCCCCAUCUGCCUUUGGGCUUCUGCUCCUUCUGGGCUUGUGGGGAUGGACCAGGGAGUAGCUGGGCAAGGUGUGAUUUGGCUCCCCCUCCUUUGUGGAUGUGCAGAGUUGUUUUCUAUCAUAUCUGAACAAUUUGUAUUGAUAAACUGUAUCAAGAUUAAACUAGUCAAAUUUAUCUGGGUUUUUUGCCUUUGGAUAGUUGGCAUUAAUUUUAAUACUGGAUUUAUUUUUUUUUAGUAUGUUAAAAAGUAUCAACCUUUUUAUGAAAGGAUUAUCUGACUCAAAAAAUCUGUCGUGCUUUCCUUUUGCAAUUCAGUUUGCCCACAGAAGUCUUAUUUGUCAUCCAUAAAGAAUGUAUUGCCAUCAAUAAAGAAUGUAUUUGCCCUGUUACUAAUUCAUUUGAUCUAUUUCUGGUAUUACAGAUUGGCCCUAAUAUUGUGAGAAUACUUUGCAAUUUGACUUUUGGUCUCCGGUGAGCAAAAGAAAUGGCUUUUUCUAAUACCUGUUUUCCUAUUGGAAAUUAAAUUUUCUGGAUGGACAGUCGUAAAAGCUAAGGCCAAUGAAAUGGUGGUCAGUACGAGUUCAUUUUUUCAUGUGAGGUAUAUUGGCAGUCAGACGAUAGAUCUGUAGGAACUUGAAAGUGAUAGAAGCAAGCUAGUUUCUUUAAAAAUGUGUCCCUAGAGAUGGAUAAACUGAAAUACAGUUGUGUAGGAUCUAAUUUAUCAAAGAAUGUAAUGUUUCUGGAAGAUUAUUUGCUUUUACUUGUAGCUUUGGGAUUAGCUGAUUGUCUUCAACUACAUUUUUUUUUUUUUUUUUUCAGAGAACCAAAGCAUGAAAGACGUCCCUGGAGGAUAUGGUUUUUAGAUACUUCCAAGCAAGCCAUAGGGAUGUUGUUCAUCCACUUCGCAAAUGUCUAUUUAUCAGACCUUACAGAAGAAGACCCUUGUUCACUGUACCUUAUCAACUUCUUGUUAGAUGCUACAUUAGGAAUGCUGUUGAUCUACAUUGGUAUACGUGCAGUCAGUAGCAUUGUGGAAUGGCAGCAGUGGGAGUCCCUUCGCUUUGGUGAAUAUGGUGACCCAGUGCAGUGCAGUGCAUGGGUGGGCCAGUGUGGUCUGUACAUAAUGAUUAUGAUGUUCGAGAAAACCAUCAUCAUUAUUGUGCUUCUUAUACCUCAGUGGAAAGAGGUAGCUUUAUUGAAUCCUAUAGAGAACCCCCAGUUGGAGCUGGCUAUCGUCAUGCUGAUAGUUCCCUUCUUUGUUAAUGCAUUGAUGUUCUGGGUAGUAGAUAAUUUUCUUAUGAAGAAAGGGAAAACAAAAGCUAAACUUGAAGAAAAGGAAGCAGGACAAGAUUCAAGAAAUGGAAGUAAAGUCCGAUACAGGAGAGCAGCAUCACAUGAAGAGUCAGAGUCAGAAAUCCUUAUCUCAGCAGAUGAUGAGAUGGAGGAAUCAGAUGCUGAAGAGGACCUGCGUAGACUGACCAACUUAAAGCCCAUUAAGAAAAAGAAGCAUCGUUUUGGUCUGCCUGUAUGACACAUUCCCUGACCUGUGCAUUCGCAGGUUUCAUGGCAAAAACUUCAGUCAGUGGGUUUUAAUGUUGCAAUUGCAUCUCCCUUUUCAUACAAACUGACUUAAGUAAGGUCUACCAACAGAAUGCAGAUGGUUGGAAGACUUCCAGUUCAGUUGCACUACAGACACACUGACCAAUUAUGCAAGAAUGUCUUUUCAUCAUGUGUGAAAAACACAGCGUUGUUAAGGACUGGUCGCUAAGUGGAUUUGUAUCUGACAUUUCAGAGAAGAUCAUAGAAAACAGAUACAGCAAUCGUUCACUUAUGGUUACUGAUGAUACAGUUAAAGAUGUUCUCAAAGAGUCAUCAGAAUCAACUAAGUUAAAGAAGUGUGUUUUAUUACUAAAACUGGCUUUUGCAGCAUAAUUCCUAGAGCAGAAUAGUUUAUGGUUACAAGCUGUAACUUAACGUUAUUUUUUUAAGUACAAAUGUUUACUUGCUACCGGGUACCUAUGGAACUAAUAGGUGGAACAAAGAUUUUUUUCCAAGUCUCCUCGAAUCUAUCUGACUAUUUUAUAUUUAAGUUAUAUUUUCAUACAGUUGUAUUUAAAGAUUCUCUUUGUCAGAGAAAAGGGUGCAGUUCCCUUUUUUUGUGCAGAACAGGUCAAAAGAUUUGUAGUGAAAAUCUUGUUUAUCCUUGUGUCCUGGUUUAAAACAAAGGGGUUGCGAAGGGAAAAGCUCUCUGUCACUGCUGAAGUCACCAAAUAUCACUAAAAAUGCAGUCCUAAGUGUGCUUUUGACCACAAUUUGAAAAUAGCUUUUUUAAUAGGAGGUGGUGUUUGCAUAUUUGACAAACGUGCACUUUAGUGUAUAACAAAAAUCUGUUGUGAUAGGUUACUUAUUUGUGAAAUUAAUAUCUAUGGAUGACUAAUUAUUUCUGUUUCUGCAAGUCUCUUGUGCAUACCUCUCAAAUGACCCAGAAGAGAUGGAACAUUUCUUAUACUUCUCCUUAUAGAGGGCCUGCCAUACAGGACCCUGAUCUGACUGAAGCAGUUGUACUACAAUAUUGCAAAUAAUUCUGUCCUCUGAUUUUUUGUUGGAAAAGCAAUCUUCGAUUUAAUGUGCUUUAAAAAAAAAUAGAUUUCUCCUGUUUAAUUUCCAUACAGUCUGAUUAGCCUUUAGUAUUUAAAAAA